AUGCUGGAAAACGCCAGGCAGCUAUUGAAGGUCGGAGAAUCGAAGCGCCGGAUUGCUGAAAGCCUAUUUCCGAAACAGCAGGUCGAACCAAAGCGUUGUGAAACUCCCGAUCCACUGCCUUCAACUUCCGGGCGAGUGAAAUCCAUUGAUUAUGAAGAACCAUUGAAUCUUUCGAAACGAUCAUAUGUGACUCCUGCAGAAAUUCGACCACUUCCGAAGCGUAAGGACCCUCAACAAAGACGGAAGAAAGGCCAAAAGUCUGAAAUCAUCACGAGCACUCCCGUCAAGCCAAAAUUGGAAUCCAAUCUUCAACAGAAAAAGGCAAAACCGCCGGCGAAACGCAAAUUUGCAACUGAGACAGACACUGCUAAAGGAACCAACACGACAAUGAAGGAAAAGCCUCCUAAAGGUUCUGAGGCUCCAAAAGGAGCAAAGAGACCACGAAAGGUAAAGUCUGCCUAA